AUGGCUCCCCAGAAGAUUGAAACGGGUCAUAGUGACACUGUCCAUGAUGUGGUCAUGGAUUACUAUGGGAAGCGAAUAGCAACUGCUUCCUCGGACUGCACCAUCAAGAUUACCGGAGUGAGCAACAGUGGCGUAUCUCAGCCGCUAGCUACCUUAGCGGGUCACCGCGGUCCUGUCUGGCAAGUCGCUUGGGCCCACCCAAAGUUUGGUUCCCUCCUUGCUUCAUGCUCGUAUGAUGGUCAGGUCAUUCUGUGGAAAGAAGGCAACCAAAACGAGUGGACGCAAGCUCAUGUCUUCACAGACCACAAAGUAUCAGUCAACUCCAUCGCUUGGGCUCCUCAUGAGCUCGGACUCUCCUUAGCUUGUGGAGCAUCUGAUGGAAACAUAUCGGUUUUCUCAGCUACAGCCGAUGGCGGUUGGGACACGUCAAAGAUUGACCAAGCACACCCGGUUGGAGUCACUUCAGUGUCAUGGGCACCAGCCACGGAACCGGGCUCGCUCGUUAGCUCCGGUGUGAUCGAGCCGGUUUACAAACUAGCGUCCGGUGGAUGCGACAGCACCGUGAAAGUGUGGAAAUUCGCCAACGGGUCAUGGAAAAUGGAUUGUUUCCCGGCGCUUCACAAGCACACGGAUUGGGUUCGUGACGUGGCGUGGGCGCCGAACUUGGGUCUCCCGAAGUCGACCAUAGCCAGUGGUUCGGAGGAUGGGAAUGUGAUCAUAUGGACCAUUGGGAAAGAAGGUGAGAAAUGGGAAGGUAAGGUGUUGAAAGACUUCAAGACACCCGUGUGGCGGGUCUCGUGGUCGUUGACCGGUAACUUGCUGGCCGUUUCCGAUGGGAACAGUAACGUUACGGUGUGGAAAGAGGCUGUCGAUGGAGAGUGGGAACAAGUGACUGUCGCUGAGCCAUAG